AUGUUCAAGGAAGCAUUAAUAUCUCGAUACCUUUCAGAAUAUUUAAAUCUCACCUUUUGUAAUCAGGAUUCAAACUUAACGACAAAGUUCGCUGUCUACUUCAAAAUUGAAGAUACUGUAGAAAAACUUGCAAAAGUUGAAGAGAAAUUUAACCUAUUUUACUCAGGCACUCGUUGCAUUACUUACCAAACCAGAGGAUGCAAUUUUUAUGAAAAUUUUCAUGAAUUGGCAACAGAAUUACGAAUAAGAGGAGACUUACGAGUUCUUCCAGUUAAUGAAAAUUCCUUUAUAGUGAAUCAGAUCAAGAGCAUAUUUUUAUCAGAACUGGUAGUCUCGGAAACUAGGAAAAAUGACUUUUCUUUCAUUUUGAAGCGAUAUUCUGAAUCGUUGAAUGAUAUUUCGGGUGAAUUAGUAGACGAUUUGGUUGAUGGAUUGGUUUCUGGAAAAAUAGUCAUUUUUGACCAGCAAGCGAAUUUGUUGGAGCAGUUUUGCAAUGCAGUCGAGCUUAGUUUUGGGAAACGCUUGUAUGAAAUUUCAGACGAAGUUAUUGAAAAUUUUGAAGCGAUUGCCGUAUCGUCAAGUUUGAUCCAACAGCCAUUAAAUUGGAUGCGAGAUUUCGGAAUUUUUCAAAUCCUUCAUAAUCAUCAAAAAUUGAUAGCAAGUUCAAUUUUGAAGGGGCAAAUUGUGGAGGGCAUAUUUUCUCAACCAUUGAUUGUAGAGAGGGGGCUUUUAGGAGUCAAAAUGUCUACUGGAGAAAUCAGGGCUGAAUCAAAACGGAAGAUGAAGUUGGUUAAUUUACUUUGGAUUUUUAGCUUCCCGUGGUUUGGAGGUGUAGUGGGCAUUAUAUUGUUGGUUUUUGAAAUAUUACAUAAAAGGAGGGGACGACCCAUUAGUUUUAGAUCCACGAAUACUACGCAAGGAACGAAAUUCAUGCUUUAGAUUAAAAAAUAUUUAGCACUCCACAUUAUCAUCUCAGAACAACAAUUUGUAAUCAUCAUCAGAUACAAAUUGACGCCAUAUGUAUCCUGUGGAACGCACUUCACACUUAACUAAUGCAUUAAAACAUUGUACAAAGCUUGUCCUUUGAAUUUUGCUUACUAUAUUUAGUGGUGUCCUAGCCCUUAAAUCAGGUU